CCAGUGAGCCAUUUCGUGGAUUGGCCGGAGGAAUAAUGUGGUUACAAUUUGGCAGCUUAAGUGUUGUAAAAUGUUACUGAUUCAGUCUUUGAAGUUCUUGGUACCACCCUAAGAGACCACCGUUUUAACCGCACUAAAGAAUUAAAGCGUAAACUCUGGCCGGUUCGUCUGCAGGAGCAGUAUUCGCACCUCGGAGCGGAAUAAAUCGUGAAACGAAAACGAGCGAUAAGUAAUGAGAAGAAAGAUAUGUUUUCCGUUUCGUGGAUUUUCGAGGAAAGUGUGAGUGUAGCGGGUGUUUAGUACAAUGAAUACAUUGUGGUGGCACGGUGUACUAAAUUCUAUCGGAACUCCCGUUAAACCAUUUUCCACAUUGACAGCAACACCGGCGCGGCGAACACUUCUCGUGUGUGUCGUUUUUUUUUAAUGUAGGUAUGCUCUGUGCGAUAUGAUUUCGCAUUUAUUAUUAUUAAAAAAGGCGCAUCCACAGCAAUUCAAUGCAAACCUGUUUUGAUUUCGCGCUUAUUCGUGUUAUAAAACCGUGUCAUACCAGUGAAUAGAAAUGCAUUGAGUGAUAGUGUAUCAGGAAGAAAAUUACACAAUACCGAAUCAGAAAGUUGGCAUAUGUCAGUCUGCGUGUCGUCUGCCUUGUCAAUUGCGACGAGUCUUGCUGCUGUGACCGCCGGUAUUCCCGGUGGAACGGAUCUCAGCAGUAGCGGUGUUGGCGGUGGCAUGUCACUGUCGCACAUGUCCGUCGUGUCGCAGUCGAUGAUGCAGCCACUGUCCCAUGCACUAGCGUCGUCUAUGUUGAACAUGCCAGGAAUCGACCAUCAACCGCAUAACUCGUCCACCAUGUCCCAACAGCAGCCACAGCUGCACAAUCAUCAACACCAUCCGCCUCUUCAUGCGUCACCUCUUACCAAUGGAUCCACUGGCAGCGGCGACGUUACGGAUCACCCCAAUCCGGAUAUGCUGCUGGCGCUGAUAGCGCGGAAUAAAGCACUCGAAGCUACCAUCCCAAAGUGCGGCGGCUGCCACGAACUGAUACUAGACCGAUUUAUCCUUAAGGUAUCCGACCGAACGUGGCACGCCAAGUGUCUCCAGUGUAGCGACUGUCACGUGCAGCUCAAUGAGAAAUGUUUCGCUCGAAAUGGUCAAUUAUUUUGCAAAGACGACUUCUUCAAGCGGUACGGUACGAAAUGUGCGGCUUGCGACCUGGGAAUUCCACCCACUCAAGUGGUCCGACGGGCCCAGGACAAUGUUUACCAUCUACAGUGCUUUAUGUGUUCGAUGUGCUCGCGGCAGCUCAACACUGGCGAUGAGUUCUACCUGGUAGACGAUGGGAAACUCAUUUGCAAGCCCGACUACGAAGCAGCGAAAGCAAAAGGUCUAUAUCUCUCCGAUGGAUCAUUGGAUGGUGAAUCAUCAAACAAACGUCCUCGCACAACAAUUACCGCCAAACAGCUGGAGACUCUGAAGAGUGCCUACAAUAGUAGUCCUAAGCCAGCACGUCACGUCCGCGAACAGUUGUCUCAGGACACUGGACUGGAUAUGCGAGUAGUGCAAGUGUGGUUCCAGAAUAGGCGAGCCAAAGAAAAACGACUGAAAAAGGAUGCCGGCCGAACGAGAUGGAGCCAAUAUUUCCGUUCGAUGAAGGGUGGUGGUUCACCGAGUAGGCAUGAUAAGCUCUUAGAUAAGGAUGAAUUGAAAAUCGAUCUAGAUAGCUUCAGCCACCAUGAUCUUAGCAACGAUAGCUUUAGUACGUCGAACAUGGGCCUGGAAGACGGUGCUUCACCUCAUAGCGGCCGAGGUUCGUACAUCCACGGUAACGGUAGUCCACCACCGUAUCUAUCUAGUCAUUCACCUCCGCCCAUGGGACCGGGACACCAUUUCGGUUCCUAUCCAGACAAUAUCGUAUACACACCGCUAGGUCAACCUGUCAACUCAAUGCACCAUGGCGGUCCCCGAGGUCCCCACGGGAUGCACGGUAGUGCGGUAUCCGACAUGAGUAACGAUUCUAGUCCAGCCCACGGUUAUCCCGAUUUUCCGCCCAGUCCCGACUCGUGGCUCGGCGAAUCGUGCCCACCGAAUGGAACCGUCGUCGUUCCGGCAGCAAUGCAACAGCAGCAACAACCGGUGCCACCUCCACCACCACCAUCGGUUGCAGCAGCAGUAAUUUCCGCGGUACCACAAACCAACGGUAAUCAUGCACCGACGGCUAUGCUCUAUUGAUGUGCUGAACGGUCCGGGUGAGAGGGGCCAGUAGGGCAUAGUUUGGUUAGGUUAGAUUGAUUUAUCGUAUCGAUUAAUCUGGGCACGUGGAUGAUCGGUUUUGAUGAGCAAUGG